GGGUGUUGUUCGUUGCCCUUUCAUCUUACCUCACCAUGACUUGUGCCUGCGCUACGCUCGCAACUUGGAUAAUUUCUGGAGAACCCGAGCCACUCCUUGACCACUCUGGCCCUUCCUUACAAAAAAAAAGAUGUCCGACCAGCACUAGGCUUUCUCCUUCAUAUGAUAGUGACAGAGAUUCCGAUUUGCUGUGUUAGCGUGGUUUAGGGUGAUAUUCCUGCUCUUCUCGGUACCGUGAUCAUGGUAGCGGUUUCACCUCCCUCCAAGGCCGUCCGGAGCUUUCUAUCUGAGAGCAUUAAAAAGCACCACUCAACUUGCCAUCGGGAGUACCUCUCUUACAACUUCCAACUGCUUAUCAUCAUGUCCGAGACCAAAGCUCAAAUUGACUCUUGCCGCCCCCAAUAUGAUAUUAUAUUCGCAGGAGGUGGUGCCGCUGCUUGCGUUACUGCUGGUAGGCUCGCAGCUGGAGACCCCUCACUCAAGAUCCUGAUCAUAGAAGCCGGUGGUCACACGCGUGAAUUACAAGAGCAUAUUCAUCCAGCGCUCUUCUCCAAUAACUUGAAAUUUCGACAAGAGCUCUUCUGGCACCAUGUUGGCUCGAAAAGCGAAGCUCUUGGUGGUAGAGCGCCGAUCGUCUCUUCUGGACGCUGCUUAGGCGGUGGAUCCAGUGUGAACUUCAUGGUAUAUGCCCGCGCCCCCGCUUCAGACCUAGAUGGUUGGGAGAAGUUGGGUAAUCCGGGUUGGGGUUCACACGAACUCAUACCUCUCUCGGCCAAGGCCGAGACUUUUCAGGGCGAACUCAAGUCGAAAUCUGGCCAUCACGGUGACAGUGGACCGAUCAAGAUCUCUCGUGGUGGACCAGAAGAAACCUUCACUAUCGGGACCCAAUUUCUCGAAACAGCGGCUGCAUAUGAUCUUGAACGAGGCUUUAUAGAGGACACUGAGGAUUUUACAACGUGUGAUGCUUAUGGACCUUUCCAUCGUUACGUGGAUGCUGAGACAGGUCGUCGCUCUGAUACCGCUCACCACUACGUAUAUACCCAGGAGGCGAACAAGAACUUGCACAUACUGGUCAAACAUCGAGUUUCCCGUGUUAUAAUCGAAAAUAACCGUGCUGUGGGUGUCGAAUAUACUCCGGAGGAGACUGGGACCUCAUGCGGCCUACAAAACUGCCUAAAAGCGUUUGCUUCACGUCUGGUAGUUGUCUCUGCUGGGUCAUUUGGCUCUCCAACGAUCUUGCAGAGAUCCGGUAUUGCCUCGAAAGUCCUUCUGGAAUUGAACCAGGUUGAGCAAAUUGUCGACCUUCCUGGGGUCGGUGAAAAUUACAAUGAUCAUAAUGUGGUUUUCCCGCCUUACUUAACAUCUGAGGACUUGGUUUCAUUGAAUAAAGUCUUUUGUGCAACGGAGGUUACAAUUCAGCCGUACCUUGAUCAGUGGAAAAACGAUGGUCAAGGCCUGUUAGUCACUAACGGCCUUAAUAGCGGCAUCAAACUCAGACCAAACGAGAAAGAUCUGACGGUAUUGGGAGACUCAUUUGCGCAUCUCUGGGAAAGUAAGUUUGCCAAUAGUCCCGACAAGCCUGUCCUCUGCAUAGCAAAUAUAGCUGGCUUUGUUCGUGGAGAAGAGGGGGGUAAAAAUUGCUUCCAGAUGGGAUACUUUGUCGAAUACCCCCUCGCCAUCGGUCAUGUCCGCAUCACGUCUGGAAUAGACCCAUUUGCACGGCUUGACUUCAACCCUCGAUACCUCGAACAUGAAGCCGACCUGGCUGUCCUACGAUGGGGAUACAAACGUACUCGAGAACUUGCGCGCCGAAUGAAAUGCUUCCGGGGAGAAUUUGUCUCUCUACAUCCCUCAUUCCCAGAGGGCAGCGCAGCAACCACACGGGAAGCGAGUGGCCCGGUGGCUAUAUCUGACCCAGACAUCCUGUAUACUUCAGAGGAUGACAAGGCGAUUGAUGAUUAUCAUCGAGCGUAUGUGUCAACAGCCUGGCACGCGCUUGGAACGUGUGCGAUGAAGCCCCGCGAACAAGGAGGAGUUGUCGAUCCGAGACUGAAUGUCUAUGGUGUCAAGAAUCUCAAAGUUGCGGACCUCAGCAUUGCACCUCUCAAUGUUGGAGCGAACACUUAUAAUACCGCUAUAAUUAUUGGUGAAAAGGCUGCACUUAUCAUCGCCGAGGAGCUUCAAAGCACCAAGUACGGAGAGUAGCGGGGAAACUUAAGUAGACGCGGAACGAGCGCCGGUUAAUUCUGGGUAAUUUUAUCCUUCAAGCUACGGCUAUGCCAGUGUACUCGCCAGAAAUUUUAUACAGUGAGCCUGAGGCGAUCAGUCGGUCAACAUAUUUCUGCCUGAUCAGUUGAUAGAGGAU